AACACUCUACAGAAUGUAAUAUUUGUAGACAAUUUUUGUGUAUAUAUAUAUAUUUCUCUCUCUCUCUCUCUCUCUUUUUAAAUCAGAGAGAAUGCUUUUACAAAGCGUUAGCCAGUAAACAAAAACGCCGCCUCACUUUCACUUUCAUUUUUCCAGUGUUGGAACCAGUUUUAUCGACAAAAACACAAUCAAAUAUAUGCUUAAAUAUGAAAGAAAGGAAAACCCUUUUCAUUUUACUUUUUUUCUUACAUCCUGUUCAGCUGUUUGGUGAUGAUGUCCAUUCCAUUAGUGGCUUUUUCAUCAGUUCUCAAGGCCUAAGCCUGCCCAAUUAUAUGGAAAGAAUCACUGUGAAUGAUGUUACCAUCUUUUACCAUGACAGUGGGAAAAACAUCAUAGCGCCAUGUCCCAAAUGGCUCAACACCACCACCGGCCAGCAGCACUGGGAAAACAUCAGAGUUAUAUCACAACACAACAAACAGAUGAUAGCUACAGCUAUCGAAUCAGCCAUACAACAGUUCAAUCUAACAGGUUCACAUGCGGACAUUAACAUAUACCAAGGCUACAGUCGCUGUGACCUCUAUCCAAAUGGCACCAUGAAGGCAUCGUUAGCCCAUGCUUUCAACGGGAAGGACUUCUUAAGUUUAGAUUUUGACAGUAAGACGUACAUCACUUCUGUUCCUCAAGCUCUGAAAUAUAAAAGGCUGAGGGAGCAAAAUUCAGUGUUGUUUGGAAUCACUGUGUCUUUCUACCAAAAGACCUGUUUUGAUCGCUUGAAGAUGUUCUUAAAGCAUGCCCCUGGAGUCAAAAUGCAGAAGGAACCGAAGGUCAGGCUUUUCGAGAGGCAGAGAGCUGGUUCCACGCUCCUCACAUGUCAUGUGACUGGAUUUUACCCGAGAGCAGUGCAGGUGAAGUGGAUUGGGGCAGAUUUACAGCUGGUGGAUGACGAGAUGAAUGAUGUGCUGCCUAAUGGUGAUGGCACGUUUCAGACCAGAAGCAGUGUGAUCAGACCUGAGGAGAACACAGGAGAUCAGCGCUACAGCUGUGUAGUGCAUCACAGCAGCCUAGAGGGAAAUAUUACAGUCACCUGGGGUAAAGAAGAGAAACCCUUCAGACUUUAUGUUUGGAUUACACUAGGCUGCGUUUUCAUCGUCACUGUAGUCGGGCUUGUAAUCCGAUGCAUCUUAAAAAGUAAAGAUGCUGGGAUUUGAAGUUACCUCUCAUGUGAAGAUGUAUUCAGUUUCUCAGUUUCAGUCAUUCAGAACAGUCUUGUUUGACAUCAUUACAGUUUAAACGUCCUUCUUCUACCUCCGAUACCUCAGGCUCAGUCAGAGCACAGUGUUAUCAGACCUGCAUGUUCUCGCAGAAUCAGUUGGUUAAUCUAUUUUGGUCAUAUCGGUGGCUCAUGCUUAUACAGUUUUGAUUUGUCACCUUUUUGACCUCAGAGUACAUCACAGAACUGAGUACACAGCAUAGUACACUAAAGCAUGUAACUCACACUAACAUCAGGUCUGGAGUUUGUGUUGCAGAUGAUGCACAAUGUAAGUAGAACUACAAAAAUCAAUACUCCGUUUUAUUUCUUAUCAUCACUCAUACCCAUUUCAAUAAAGAGCUUUUGAUUAUAAACAA